AUGGAGCUAAAAUCGCCGAAAGCGAAAAAAAAGUCGAGCGUAACCAGGUUCGUGUCGUGGAAGAAGCUGUUCGGUACACCGAUUCUCAUCCUCCUCCUCCUGGGUUCGACGAGUUGUGACAGUGACAGUGACAGUGACAUUGUAGUUCCAAAUUCAAACGCGACCCAUAGACACAGACACGCCACAGAUAAGCGGCAAAUAGAUAAAGAUAGAAAGACGUUAAGUGAUAUCAGGUUUUUGAGGCGCAAUUUGAAUAAGGAGAUCUUGAAUUUUGUGAUGACAGAUGUACUUAUUGAUGGUGAAGUGGAAAAUCGGAUACACUACAACGGUGUGACGGCGAAGGAAACUUACGUUGGUGCAAAUGGGAACCCAGGCUUAAAACUCCGGCAGAUGACAGAUGGUAGCCACCUUAUACAAAUAAUAUAUUCCCCAAAUGGCGAUAUACAAGACUGCGAAUACAUAACAGACGCAAAGCAAACGAGAAACUUCCUAAAAACGCUACGGAGAGAGUUAAAAUUAGCGCUCGACGAAGAAGCCUUCAGGAUAACGGAGAAAAGAAAAAACGCAACGGAAGACGAACGGUUUUACCGCCAUUUCGGCAACAUGACGUUUCGCCUUUUGACAGAUGGCGAGAUGUUGCCGCCGGAGGUCGCGUCGUGGCUAGAUUACGACAGCUUAAAAAUUGAAUGUUUCGAGCGGCACGAAGAACUGAAAUAUAUGAUGGAGAAUAAAAAUAAAUACGCUAGUACAAAUUCAGUUGCGAGGUCACGGCGUUCAUUCAGGGAGAAUUUCAUUAUGCCCGGGACAAAAUGGUGCGGCGCUGGCCAAUUGGCCAAGACCUACAACGAAUUGGGCGAGGAUAGGAACGAGGACAGGUGCUGUAGGGCCCACGAUAAUUGUCGGGUCAACAUAGGAGCUUUUAAGAGAAGAUUCGGCUUGUUCAACUUUAGACCGUAUACGAUUUCACACUGCAAAUGUGAUAGGAGAAAAAAACGCGACGCAAUGGACAUCUUACGUGUCCCCGGCACCAAAUGGUGUGGUAAGGGGUUCUCGGCGACGCAUUAUUCCCAAUUGGGGGGUUAUACGCGAACGGACAGGUGCUGUAGGAUCCACGAUUUGAGAUGCCCCUUCUGGAUCGGUGGGAUGGAGAAGAAGUAUGGGCUGUACAAUUGGAGGGUUAACACUUUGAUGCACUGUCGUUGCGACGAGAGGUUUCGAGCAUGCUUGAAGCUAGCUGACACAUCUGUUUCCAAUAUGGUCGGAAAACUCUUCUUCAACGUGGUGCAAACCAAGUGCUUCGUCCUCAAGCCGAUAAAAGCCUGCAAGCAGCGGUCGUGGUGGGGGAAGUGUCUUCGUAAGGGAUACAUGCGACAAGCCUUUUUAAGAGACAACUUGCCGUAUUGA